UCUAGACACCUUCACUAAUCGGUUUGAGUACAUAAUAAUGCAUUAGAAAGUAGAAAGUAAAGACACGAUCUCUAAAAAUAUCUUACAAUAAUAGCACUGUACUAGUACACAGGCAGAAAACUUGAGCUUUUUUUAUCACUACCUCUUUACCGUUGUAGGUGCUCUUGCUUUCUCAGGAGAAUCUCUUAUCAUCGAUAUAAGAGUUUGGUAAUGCAAGCUAUGGGUUCGUUUAAUGGCCCUAAAAUUAGAGCCAACAAUUUGUUUCGUUACGCCCUGUUGUUUCUUCUCAUUGCUUCUCAACUUUCUGUCUCUGUUUCAGCCCGGGAAUCAAAAGUGGAACUUAAUGGGAAAUUACCAAAAGGAUCUGGAAAAGACCUUGGUCAAAGUAGUAAAGCUACUAGAAUAAAGAGAACAGUGAAUGGGUUAAUGGAGGUGCUGCUGGUGGAUGCCAAAGGCUUGAAAGAUCUUGAGCGAUUUACUGGAGGGAUGGAUCCGUAUGUGAUGAUCAACUACAAAAACCAAGAACGAAAUAGCACUGUUGCUAAAGGUGCAGGUAGCAAACCAGUGUGGAACAAAAAGUUUUCUUUCAGGGUGCAAUAUCCUGAUAAUACUGGUGGCAAGGGGUACAAGCUCAUCCUGAAGCUCAUGGACAAAGACCCUUUCACUGCUGACGAUUUCAUUGGUGAAACAGUGAUUUAUGUGCAGGAUCUGUUGGCACUAGGAGGUGAAAAGGGAAAGUAUCAAAUACGACCUAGCAAAUACAGAGUCGUUGGCUCAAACAAAAAGUACAAUGGAGAGAUUCGAGUUGGCCUUUCUUUCACCCGCACAAGGUAAGACGAGAUGGAUAGGAGGAGGAAGAAUCUGGAGGACGGAGAGAUGACUUCCAUCCAAGUAGGGAUGAGGAGGCGUAGAAGAGUCCGAUCCUUUUUCUACAUUCUAGUUGAAGUUAGUUGUGAGAUGAAUCAAGCAUCUGUUAAUUGCUUAGUUUAAGGAUUGCCUGAUCAAUUGAGUUUUUAGCCUGUAUUUCGUAUCAUUUUCUGUAACCUUAGGAUAUGCAACUCUCUGCAUAUCAGGCUGGCAAGUCGGAUAUCCGUCUUUAGUUAUUUAACUGAAGGCAUGAGAGUUAUGAGAUUAGAAUGUCGCAACUAGACCUAAAUGAAAGGAAAUUCUUUUGCAGAGGAAA